GAUCACUGCGGGGGGAGGGGAAACAGAACCCAUACCAAGACGUCGACUCCUGGUGAAGGCUUGUCGAGGAAUUUCGAUGGUAAAGUGGAAAAGAUGGGAUUUUGCUGCUAGGACUCAGAGAAAGAAGGGUUUUUACGGUCUUGGAAUUGCAGAUUAGGAAAAUGAAAGCAAUAGCAGGAGUAUGGAUCUGAAUCUCUACUUGGGUCUGCCUCGUUCCCCUCGUCCUCUUAGUUUCGAUCUAGGUUCUGAUCUUGCUCUAAGUUCAUUGCCACUGUCGUCUUCUUUCACUUCGGUCGAAGCCAGGGAAGUCCCAAUUCUCAUGUCAGGUGUCGUGGAACCAUCGGAUUCCCACCCUCCAUAUUCUCCAUCCGAUGCUGAAUACACUCCUGACCUGCCGGCUGUUCUCCCAUCCGAUAGGGUGGACUCCCCAGAGUACACACCCUACUUCCCUUCUUUUGCACGGUAUGGUCCAUCGAUCUUACCCACUCCACCAGUUGUUGAAGAUCUUGAAGGGCCUCAUGCCCCAGAUUCUCCUAUUUUUCUACCCUUGCUAGCUGUGCAAGAACCUGAUGAGACUGCAGCCCAGGAUCUUAUGCUGUAUGAUCCUGCAUCUCCACCAAUACUUGCUGAUGAAGCCAUGGUGUACUCGCGGCCAUCUCCACCCAGACUUACUGAUGAACCCAUAAUCUACGUGCCCUACUCUCCACCCAGGCCUGCUGAUCAAACCAUACCUUACUCGCCGCCUUUUGUCACUGGAUCCAUGAAUCCUCAAGACCAUGAAGCAGCCAGCUUAAGCUUCUACCCGUCAGUUAAUGCACAAACAGGUGAAUUCCUGUGUCCAGAAAAUGGACCCUCUGCGAGGCCUGAUACCCGCUACCGUGAAUCUCGUUUCAGAAGGCUGAUUGAUCCUAGCAAUCAAUGGCGAAACAGACGAUUUAGGUCUUUGCUUCCACAUGCUGGCGAGAGGUUCAGUUCUGGUUCACCAUCACUGCCUAAUCCUGAGCAGUUGGUUCAUGAUGUGUUGAACUCCCACAGACUUCCGGAAUGCAAUGGGAAGCAUAUAGCGACUGCUGAAGACAAUGCAGGGGAAACUUCAAAAGAGGGGAGGGAUGAGAAAGGUAGCAAUGCUGCUAACUUCGAGUGCAACAUCUGUUUUGAUAUGGCUGCAGAACCUGUUGUUACUCCAUGUGGUCACUUAUUUUGCUGGCCAUGUUUGUAUCAGUGGCUGCAUGUCCAUUCGGAUCAUAAAGAAUGCCCUGUAUGCAAAGGAGAGGUAACUGAUUCCAACAUCACACCUAUUUAUGGUAGAGGGAGUUUGCAACCUCAUGCCAAGAAGAAAAAUGAGGAGGAUGGUCAAUCAACUCUAAAGAUUCCGCCAAGACCAAGUGGAAAUAGGUUUGAAAGUUUUAGGCAGCAGCUUUGCCCAGUUCCAAGGAGACUGGAUGAGGGAAUUGCAACGUCAUGGAGACGAUUUCUAGAUCCGCACAUGCGUAGUGGAUAUAGAUACGAGACAUUUGCAGAACUAAGCUUUCAAGAAAUAUUUGACAAUGUUCGUCGUAGUGCAGAAGUAAGCUUUCAAGAAAUACUUGACAAUGUUAGUCAAAGUGCUUUAAACAGCCGGAGACAAAGAAGACUGCCAAGGGAGGUAAAUUAUGACAGUGUAUCUAUCACUGGAGAGGCCAGAUUGCCUGAAAACAAUAUGCCAAGCCCUAUGAGAAAUUAUGUAAAUUAUAUUUUCAGAGAUGGAGUUGAUCUUUGGCAUGACAUUGGCUCAGAGAGAUUGCCUGCGGCUGUUAUGACGACGAGUAUUGGUAGCGCGGGCGAGCACUUGGCAAGUAGCAGUCAUGGAUUUGAUGCAUCCACUUCAUCUCUUGAUCCUCCAAAUCAUGAUCCACCGGUGAGUGGAAUACGUGUUGAAGUAGCAUUUGCGGCAGAUCAGGCCCCUACCUCUAGCACCAUCGCUGUGAUACAAGGCGAUGUUGCUACUGAUGCCGUUGCAGAACCAAAUAGCGUGGGAUCUUCUCGGUCUGCCAGAAGGAGAGGUAGAAGUAGCAUCUCUGGUUCUUGUGAUGCUGACGGAGGCACAAUUGGCUCACGCAAGAGAAGGCUGAACUAAAUCUCCUUGACUCGAUAUUAGGCAUCUGCUUGUUUACCUUAGGAAGCAUGUUUCUAUGCUUAGAUAAAAUCCAGUACAGUGUUAUUUUUAGUAGUUUGUAUAGCUUGGGGUCAUCUUGCCAUUUUUAAUUUCUUGUCGUAGUUACAUAUUACACCCAAAACAACAUGUAUACUGGAAAUUUUGA